AUAGAACAUGACCAACGCUAAAGUAGCUGGAGUGUUAAGCCUCCUAGUCCUUGUGGCUAUCUCUUCUUGUCCACGCCAUGCACGAGCAGGCCAUGCGGUAGAUCACUGCCUCAUUGAUAAAAAGAAGGUGAUGCGGGACUGUUGGCAUAACAUUGAAAAGAACUUUGGUGACCCGUUCCCGUCACACGGGAGCAUAUGUUGUGAUACAAUAAGAGAUUCAAAAGACAUCCACUGCGUCUGUGAUCGGUUCACCGCUGACGAACUGACUGUGAUCAGUCUAUCCAAGUUUGCUACGGUUACACAUAAAUGCGGCAACGGGUUGCACGCACACACUCAUUAUGCAGGUUACCGUGUUCCCAUCAUAACGCUGCCACCUCCACCACCGGAAGGUGCCUAGACUUUCAAUGUAAGACCAUUCUCGUAAUGGAGAAAUAAUUGAAUAAAGCAAAGAAUGAUUCGAGAUGAAUGGCAUUUGCAAAGUGUAUUUGCCUUUGAUGUGUAAUAAAAAAUUGGUCAUAGCCU